CUCGGCCGCUUUUCUUUUGGCGGUGGAAAACAAAAUCAGCAACACAUGCUGCCAACAGCUUCAGUUGGCCGCUGUGCCCGAACGCGUUUGGUCCUUUUUCGUCCUUGUCGAUUUCCGUCGCAUCCCCAAAAGGCGACUUCCUGGCGAGGCGCGCGCGACUUUCGAUUUUUAAAAAGUGUCUGCCCCGUGAACGGGUCAGUGAAAGUGGCUCGUUUGGAAAUAAAGUGGCAAAGGAACACACAUUUGAAUGAUCCUCCUCCUUCCGCUUCAUCUGCUGUGUAAUCCUGGGCACUUAAAACUCUUCUCGCCGAGCUGUGAACAUUAGCCAAAUGAAGUGACAAGAAAUUAACGCGAAAACAAAAAAAAAGAGGAACGCUGCGAUAUAAGAAAUAAUAAUAUAAAAACUCAAUGAGUCAGCACCGCAACGACUGCUGCUGCUGUUGUUGUUGUUGUUGUUUCUGCUGAAUGGGGGCGUGGCCGGAGUGGGAAUUGAGUGCUCCUAAUGAUGAACUCGGUCAAGGAGCCAGUGCAGCCAUGGUGGCCAAGUAAUUAGAUAAGCGAGCGUGCAGGAUAAACAGGAGCGAACCGAUAAAUCGCAAUGGUCUACGGGAGGAGCAUCGCCGUAGGCGUCUGUCUGAUGACCGUCGUCCUUCUGCUGGCCGCCGUGAUAUUCUACUUGAGUCUGGGACCCUGCCCCGCGGCCAGCUUCGCCUGCGACAACGGCACGCUGUGCGUUCCAAGGCGCCAGAUGUGCGACAGUCGGCUGGACUGCGCCGACAGCAGCGACGAGAAUCCGGUGGAGUGCGGACUCCUCUAUGGCAGCAAGGAGAUUGCCGACAAGAUUGUGCGUAAUGCGAUUGAAAAGAAGCAACAGCGCCUAAUCUCCAGCGCUGCGAAUGCGAGCGGUGCGGACUUGUCCACGCCGAUGGUGCCCCGCAAUCAGAGCCUAACUCUAAACAUGACUUGUGAUAUCGUCACAUAUCCGAAGGCCUGUCAGUGCGGCCAGCGAACCAUUCUCUACUGCGGUCGCUAUGCGAAACUGCGUCGCUUUCCGCGUCUCAGCUCGGAGGUCACCAAUCUGAUCAUCAUCCGCAACAAUCUCACCCUGCGGGACAAUAUCUUUGCCAACCUGACGCGUCUGCAGAAGCUAACGCUCAAGUACAACAACAUAUCACGUGUGCCGCUGGGCAGCUUCAGUGGCCUCUUUCACCUGGAGCGCCUGGAGCUGAGCCACAACAAUGUCAGCCACCUGGCACACGGCGUCUUUGUGGGGCUGCACAGCCUGCAGUGGCUGUUCCUGGUGAACAACCACCUGCACCACCUGCCCAUGGAGCAGCUGCGCUUGUUCAGACGAUUGGAGUGGCUGGUGCUGAGCAGGAAUCGCCUCACUCUGCGAAAUGUGCAGCUGCCGAAAAUCCCGUCGCUCUACGAAGUCUAUUUGGAUUUCAAUCGAAUCGAAUACAUUGGCGAGGAAACUUUUUCCCAAUUGGAUAAUUUACAUUUGCUAGAUCUGCAGCACAACCUCAUCACGCACAUCCAUGGACAAGCCUUUGCGAAUCUAGAGAAUAUGCGAGAUAUCCGCCUUGUCGGUAAUCCCAUUAAGGAGUUAUCUGGCGAAACAUUUUUGCACAACACUCGACUGGAGGCACUCUCGCUGGCCCUAAUGCCGAUCCACAUCAGCCGCAGUUUGAUGGAGCCGCUGAACAUCUCGUUCCUGAAUCUCACGGGGAUCCGGUAUGAUCACAUCGACUUCGAGGCCAUCAACUCAAUGCGCAACCUGACGUACAUCAUCUACGAUCGAUUCUUCUACUGCUCGAUGACGCCGCGAGUGAAAAUGUGCAAACCAUCCACCGAUGGAGUCAGCUCCUUUCAGGAUCUGCUGAGCAAACCAGUACUACGUUACUCCGCCUGGGUGAUGGCCACCCUGACAAUAGCUGGGAAUGUUUUGGUGCUGUGGGGACGCUUCAUCUACCGGGAUGAGAAUGUGGCUGUGACAAUGGUGAUUCGGAAUCUAGCUCUGGCUGAUAUGCUGAUGGGUUUCUAUCUGGUCACCAUUGGUGUGCAGGACUACCGCUACCGCAACGAGUAUUAUAAGGUGGUGCUGGACUGGAUAACAUCGUGGCAGUGCACACUGAUUGGCACCCUGGCCGUCAGCUCCUCGGAGGUUUCGAUGCUCAUCCUGGCUUUCAUGUCGCUGGAGCGGUUUCUCUUGAUCGCCGAUCCCUUCCGCGGCCACCGCAGCAUUGGCAGUCGUGUGAUGUGGCUGGCUCUGAUCUGCAUUUGGAUAACGGGCGUGGGCUUGGCUGUGGCACCAGUGCUUCUGUGGCGGACCAGCACCCUACCCUACUACGGAUCCUAUUCCGGAACCUGCUUUCCAUUGCACAUCCACGAAGCCUUCCCGAUGGGCUGGCUUUACUCGGCGUUCGUGUUCCUGGGCGUCAAUCUGCUGCUGCUGGUGAUGAUUGCGAUGCUCUACACGGCACUCCUCAUUUCGAUAUGGCAGACGCGGAGUGCCACUCCGCUCACUUUGUUGGAUUGCGAAUUCGCUGUGCGAUUCUUUUUCAUCGUGCUGACCGACUUUCUGUGCUGGGUGCCCAUCAUCGUUAUGAAGAUUUGGGUAUUCUUCAACUACAACAUCUCCGACGACAUCUACGCCUGGUUGGUGGUCUUUGUGCUGCCACUGAACUCGGCGGUGAAUCCUCUCUUGUACACCUUCACCACGCCCAAGUAUCGAAAUCAAAUCUUCCUGCGGGGCUGGAAGAAGAUUACUUCUAGAAAGCGAGCGGAGGCGGGCAAUGGGAAUGUGGCCACCACCACGACGGGCACGGCAACAGGUUCCUCUCAACAUCCGGAUGACUCCACGACCUUGGCCAAAGCCAUGCCAUUAGCCCUUACGCUGUCGAACUGAAGGAUUCUUGUGGCGGAGAUCGAACUUGUAUACCAUCAGAUUUAACAGCAUUUAUUUUGUCUAUGAUAUCGAAUAUCUAUAUAUGUAUGUGAAUAUCUAUUCCUAUCCGUGUAAGAUAACCAAAGGAAAGUGUGAAAUAAAUUGAAUGUGAUAUUUGUAAGGCAA